UAAAAGUGAUUUUUGUGAAUAUAUCUUAAUGAAUAAUAAUGGCUACUCAAAGUUUGUUCUUAAAAAAAUAUCUUCAUUGCCAAGAGUCGACAUUGACAAACCGAAAUUUGAUCAAAGCACUUAUAUCGGACGGGCGAAACAUUUCUUUCUGCUCACGAAUCCUUUAAAUAUUUUAGCAACUGGGGCGCAGUUGGAGAGAGCACGUGGGAUUGUGGAAAAUUACCGUGCAGGCAGGGAUGUGCCUGAGGCAUAUACAAUUGAAGAUGUGUGGAAAGCAAAAUAUCUUUAUGAUUCCGCAUUUCAUCCAGAAACUGGAGAAAAAUCUAUUUUAAUUGGUCGCAUGUCCGCGCAAAUGCCAAUGAAUAUGAUUAUCACAGGCUGUAUGAUGACCUUUUAUAAGACAAAUACUGCAGUGGUCUUUUGGCAAUGGAUUAAUCAAACAUUUAACGCCAUCGUUAAUUAUACAAAUCGUUCUGGAAAAUCUGAAAUCAAAACGGGAAAAAUUAUAAAAUGCUAUUGUUUGGCCACUGGAGGUGCAGUAGCUACAGCUUUAUCACUAAAUCGUGUGGCCGCACAAGCCCAUCCACUUAUAGGUCGUAUUGUACCUUUGGCCGCGGUUGCAGCAGCCAAUUGCAUAAAUGUUCCUAUGAUGCGCUAUGAAGAAAUUCGGAAUGGUAUUGCCGUAAUGGACCAAAAAAAUCAACAAGUUAGUGUAUCAAAACGAGUGGCUGUUUUAGGCAUAUUUGCUGUUAUUGUAAGCAGAAUAUCUAUGUGUGUUCCACCAAUGACAUUAAUUCCUGUAAUGGUCAAUAACAUGACAAAGGAGAAUGGAUUUUUGACCAGAUAUCCUUCCCUGAAUAUGCCUUUUCAAGUUAUAACUUGUGGUUUAUUUCUGACUGUGACUACUCCAUUAGGCUGUGCGUUAUAUAAUCAGCGACAAACAAUAAAAGUUAAACGUUUAGAAAUCGAAGUGCAAGAUCAAAUAUAUAAAAAGGAUCCUACUAUAGAAGAGGUGUGGUACAACAAAGGACUAUAAAUAAAAUUGUUAUUAAAACAAAAAAAUAGAUAACUCAGAUUAUCGUUUCGUAUAAGUAAAGAUAUAUGUUAUACAAACAAACACUUGAAUUUAUUGGAAAAAAAUAUAUAUAU